GCUUGACUCUGGCUGGGCUGUCCGGACUUGCGAGCUUCGCCGGUUAGUCGCAGCUCCGAGGCCGGUAGUCGGUCCUGCUGUCUAUGUACUGAAGGGGGAGGGGGGUAACCCGGCAGGCUGGUGAAAAUGAUCCUCUGCCCCCAGAGCACGGAGCACCCCCGGGGAAAACAGUGCCAGAGGCUGCAGGUGGCAAAGAUGAGUGCGAGCGACAAGGAGCGGGCUCCCCAGUUGCUCUUUGUGAAGGCCUUGGCCAGCAGGGGGCGACUUGAGGCCAUCACACAGCAGAUGGGCUACCACCCGCACUAUCUGGACAGUUUCCUCCGGAUGCAGCAUUACCUGCUGCACAUGGAUGGCCCCUUGCCCUUUGACUGCCGUCACUACAUUGCAAUCAUGGCAGCUGCCCGGCACCGGUGUCAGUAUCUGGUGAAUCUACACAUGCUGCAGUUCCUGCGGGUUGGCGGUGACCCUCAGUGGCUGAGGGGGCUGGAUUGCAUCCCCCCCAAACUCCGCAAGCUCAGCGAGAUUAACAAGAUCUUGGCACAUCGGCCAUGGCUCGUAGGCAAGGAGCACAUAGAGAAGUUACUGAAGAUCAGCGAACAGAGCUGGUCCCUGGCAGAACUAGUCCACGCGGUUGUGCUGCUCGCUCACUACCACGCGCUGGCCAGCUUUGCUUUUGGCUGUGGCUGUGAACAGGACGUGUGUCCAGAGGGAAGGGGCUUGCUGAAGCUCACCAUCCCAGGGAGCCUCUGCUUCUGUGAAGUGGGCAAUGGCUACAGCCAGGACCUGCUGCAUCUCAACCGCAAGCGGUCGCUGGAUUCCUGUGUGGAAUUGGAGUCUCUACGUGGGCGCAUUCACAGGCUGCAGGUGGAGAGUGAGACCCGGGAAGAGAUGAGGCUGCCAGAGAGGGAAGAAGGUUUUGAUGAAGAAAUUAUGGGCCCUGCAGAUCUCUCCUGUUACGUUCAAGACCCCAGCUUUGGAUACCAGGACUUUGCUCAGCGUGACGAGAAUCAGACACAGAUUUUCCGUGUCCAGGAUUACUCCUGGGAAGAUCAUGGCUUCUCCCUGGUGAACAGGCUGUACUCGGAUAUUGGGCAUCUGUUAGACGAGAAGUUCCGGAAGGUUGAUGGCCUCCAGAGCUGUGCAAUGGCAAAGCGGCAGGGCUGCGAACAUGCCACGUUUAAGCGUGGGAUUUGGAACUAUAUCCACUGCAUGUUUGGCAUCAGGUACGAUGAUUAUGACUACGCAGAGGUGAACCAUCUCCUGGAACGCAUACUCAAGCUCUACAUAAAAACUGUGACCUGCUCUCCAGAGAAGCUGAAUCCUGAAAUGUUUGAACGCUUCUGGAAACAGUUUAAGCACAGUGAAAAGGUCCACGUGAACCUUCUCAUCCUGGAAGCCAGGCUUCAAGCAGAACUGUUGUAUGCUCUUCGUGCGAUUACUCACUACAUGGUCUCCUAGAAGGGGUGCUGGUGACCCCCUUUGGGGCAGAGGACUCAUGCGCCAUGGCAUUCACCCACCAUGUUUACUUGACAACAUUCCCUUCCCUUGUGGGGUGUGAGGAGAGACAAAACACCCCUUUUCAUGUGCAAUUUCCAAACUGGGACUCGGAGGGGGAAGAUAUUCGAAGGUUGUGUGCAAAGACAUUUGUGCCCAGUUUAGCAGUGUUGGAAGUUGAACUCCCUUCCUGCUGUCCAUCCCUGUGGGCAGCUCUGUCUGCUGAAGAGAGUGGCUGGCCACAAACUGACCCCCCCCCCCCCACACACACACACUUUUCGCUAUACAGGGCAAGGUAGUCAGUGCAAUCUCCUCCAACCUUGAUCCAGUGGCAGUAGCUCUGUCUACUGAGACAUCCCUUACAGUAUUAGGUGGGCCUCUCUCUGCCUCCCCACUCUAUUCUUGACUCUUAUUGUUGUGCCAACUCGACCCACUCCUGGGAAAGACUCAGCCUGCUCUUGGACACUCUCUUGUUGGGGAAAGCGGGAAGAAAAGGUGGCGUGAUUUCUUGCUUCUGGUGGAGGUCCUGGUAGGGCUUGGUGAGGUCUGUCUUCUUUUUAGACCUUAUUCUGGCCUAAGAUAAGGUACAUAUGUGUGUGCAUGGAGGAAACGUGUUGUAUUGUUUGCCUGUGAGAGCUCCGGCUCCUCACUCUGCACAGUUUUUCUCCCUGGCUAGAGUCUUCCUACCUGUUCUCCUUACUAGCUAUUUCCUCUGGCCAAAGUCCCCCACUUGCUCAGCACCCACUCCUUUAACCCUUACAAAGCUCAUUUUUGUUUGAGUGGUGGUUGGAGAGAGCAGCUUCAGACCCCCCCUCCCCCCAACCCUCCUCCAUUCUACUUGAUAUGAACACCCUUCCCAAUCUGGCUUUUCUUCAUGGCUUCUCUGUACUUCCAUGAGCCAGCAAGGGGACAGGGGGUGUCCAAGGGUUUGAAUAUGUGCCCCCAAUGAUUUUUUUUUCUUCCAAGGGGUCCAUUGUGAUGACAUAAGCUACAUCUGUGAUGGCUUCCUGUAAUCUGUGCUCUUGCUAGGAGCUCUCUGCUAGCAGAGAAGCGGGUGGGAGGGGGGGAAGACUGGUGCUCUAUUUUUAAAGCUGGCAUGUGCCACUCGGCAAGUCCAAUAGAAUACUCCCCUGGCUGGCAUGCUGCAGUGGCGACCCUUUUUCUGGGUAUUUGUGUAUGCACAUCGCCUGGAUCACUGCACGGAAGCUGCAUCUCUUGGAAGGCUUGGGGGGUGUAGGGGCCUGGCGGAGGGAUGCCAGAGGGUCACUGCAAAGUGGGGAGUGGGCUUGUCACACAGGGCAUCAGCUAACCUGUUUACUGUGUAAAUGUUUUUGGGGAGGGGGUGGGGGACAGAACACUGUAUGGGGAAGAAAGUAAAAGCCUAUUUUUGCUAUAAAUAUAACUGUUUGACACGGA